AUGUCACUGGCUGUUCUACUCAACAAGGAAGAUAAGGACAUAUCUGAUUUUUCAAAGACCACUACAGGCAAGUCCGCUAGGAAGAACAGUAGUGAGAGAGUUGCCGAUGUGAGGCCCAUUAAAGUGGUAGAUAAGAAACAAGCGUAUCUGUCUCAACUGAACAGUGAGUUCAACCGCAUCAAGAGGAGGGACUCGAUAGAGCAACUUUAUCAGGACUGGAAAUUCAUUAAUCUUCAAGAAUUCGAGUUGAUAUCGGAAUGGAACCAACAAUCCAAGGACUGGCAGUUUGAUAACACUAAUGAUUCUCACGAUUUGCAUUUCAAAAAACUGUAUCGUGAUAUGAGUGUGAUCAAUAAAGAAUGGGCGGAAUACCAAUCUUUUAAAAAUGCAAAUUUAUCGGACAUAAUCAAUGAAAAGGACGUUGACGAAGAUGAAGACGAAGACGAAGACGAGCUAGAAGAUGGUGAGGAGGACAUGGAAGAAGAUGAGGGAGGUACUGGUAGACACGCAAAUGGGAAAACUAUGCGUGGGAAUGGUGUUCAAAGAUCGAGAAAGAAGGAUUCUGCUGCUGCCGUGGGGAAAGCUAUAAGGGUUGAUCAAAACCAUGCCGAUACCGUUGUAACUGUCGAUGAAGACGAAAACGAAGAUGAAAACAACGACGAAGACAACGAAAAUGGAAACAACAAUGACAACGACAAUGACAAUGACAAUGAUGAUGAGGAAGAAAAUGAAGAGGAGGAUGAAGAUGAAGACGAAAUGGAGGAUCUUGAUGAAGAGGAUUUUGCCGCUUUUGAAGAACAGGAUGACAAUGACGAUGAGGAUUUCAAUCCUGACGUCGAAAAAAGGAAAAAGAGAUCCUCCUCUUCUUCCUCAUCUACUAAACUGUCCAUGAACUCGCUAUCUCUAAUAACGUCCAAGAAAAUAAAUAAAAACAUCACCAUUAACAGCGAUAGGCCGAAGAUUGUACGUGAACUUAUCAAAAUGUGCAACAAGAACAAACAUCAAAAGAUCAAGAAGAGAAGGUUCACCAAUUGUAUCGUUACCGAUUACAACCCGAUCGAUUCGAAGUUGAACAUUAAGAUCACUUUGAAACAGUACCACGUUAAAAGGCUGAAGAAAUUGAUAAACGAUGCAAAAAGAGAGAGAGAAAGAGAAGAGGCAUUGAAGAACAAUGUCGGUUUAGAUGGUAAUGAUUUGGAUAAUGAUGAAGACGGAUCGGAAUCCCACAAGAGAAGGAAGUUAAGCAAUAAUAAUGUUAACGGUACCGACGAUGGUAAUAAGAGAAAGUUCAACACUAGACACGGGUUGCCCACUUACGGCAUGAAGAUGAACGCUAAGGAAGCCCGUGCUAUUCAGAGGCAUUACGACAAUACUUAUACAACUAUUUGGAAAGACAUGGCUCGUAAGGAUUCUACGAAGAUGUCAAGAUUAGUCCAACAAAUACAAUCUAUCAGAUCAACAAAUUUUAGGAAAACAUCCUCACUUUGUGCUAGAGAAGCCAAGAAAUGGCAAUCCAAGAACUUCAAACAAAUAAAGGAUUUCCAAACGAGGGCUAGAAGGGGUAUUAGAGAAAUGUCCAACUUCUGGAAGAAAAAUGAACGUGAAGAAAGAGAUCUAAAGAAGAAAAUAGAAAAGGAGGCCAUGGAACAGGCAAAGAAGGAAGAAGAGGAAAAGGAAUCCAAAAGACAAGCCAAAAAACUGAACUUUUUGCUAACCCAGACAGAACUGUAUUCGCAUUUCAUUGGAAGGAAAAUCAAAACAAACGAAUUGGAGGGGAACAAUGUUUCCAAUAAUGAUUCUGAAAACCAGAAAAAUAUUGACAUUUCAGCCUUGGCUCCGAACAAGAAUGAUUUUCAUGCUAUUGAUUUUGAUAACGAAAACGAUGAACAGUUGAGACUAAGAGCUGCGGAAAAUGCUUCUAAUGCAUUGGCAGAAACGAGGGCGAAAGCGAAACAAUUUGAUGAUCAUAGCAAUGCACAUGGAGGAGAAGAGGAGGAAGAUGAAUUAAAUUUCCAAAACCCAACUUCUUUGGGUGAAAUAACCAUCGAGCAGCCUAAGAUUUUGGCGUGUACUUUGAAAGAAUACCAGCUGAAGGGUUUGAAUUGGUUGGCUAACCUUUAUGAUCAGGGUAUCAACGGUAUCUUGGCAGACGAAAUGGGGUUGGGUAAAACAGUACAAUCUAUUUCCGUUCUAGCUCAUUUGGCGGAGAACCAUAAUAUUUGGGGACCUUUUUUGGUGGUCACACCUGCUUCCACUCUACAUAACUGGGUUAACGAAAUAUCCAAAUUUUUACCUGAAUUUAAAAUUUUACCAUAUUGGGGGAAUGCAAAUGACCGUAAAGUUCUUAGAAAAUUUUGGGAUAGGAAAAAUUUAAGGUAUAGUAAGAAUGCGCCAUUCCAUGUAAUGGUUACUUCCUACCAAAUGGUUGUCACUGAUGCUAACUAUUUGCAGAAAAUGAAAUGGCAAUAUAUGAUACUGGAUGAAGCCCAAGCCAUUAAAUCUUCACAAUCAUCGAGAUGGAAGAAUUUAUUAAGUUUUCACUGUCGUAAUAGGUUACUAUUAACGGGUACUCCUAUUCAAAACAGUAUGCAGGAAUUAUGGGCACUUUUACAUUUUAUUAUGCCCUCCCUUUUCGAUUCGCACGAUGAAUUUAAUGAAUGGUUCUCUAAGGAUAUUGAAUCCCACGCAGAAGCUAAUACCAAAUUAAACCAACAACAGUUACGUCGUCUGCAUAUGAUCUUAAAACCAUUCAUGUUGAGGCGUGUGAAAAAGAACGUUCAAUCAGAAUUAGGUGACAAGAUCGAAAUUGAUGUUCUAUGUGAUUUAACUCAAAGGCAGGCUAAAUUAUAUCAGGUGUUGAAAUCUCAAAUUUCUACCAACUACGAUGCGAUUGAAAACGCCGCUACAAAUGAUUCUACUUCUAAUUCCGCUUCAAAUUCUGGCUCUGACCAGAACUUGAUUAACGCAGUCAUGCAAUUCAGAAAAGUUUGUAACCACCCGGAUCUUUUUGAAAGAGCAGAUGUGGAUUCUCCGUUUUCCUUCACUACUUUUGGUAAGACCACUUCAAUGUUAACUGCAUCCGUGGCUAAUAAUAACAAUAGCGUAAUUAGCAAUAGUAAUAUGAAUCUCUCUAACAUGAGCAGCAAUAAUAUUUCGAAUGGCAAAUUUACUGAUCUGAUCUACUCUUCAAGAAACCCAAUAAAAUACAGUCUACCACGAUUGAUUUAUGAAGACUUGAUCUUACCAAAUUACAAUAACGAUGUGGACAUAGCACAUAAAUUGAAGAAUGUGGAAUUUAAUAUUUUUAACCCAUCAAUUAAUUAUGAACUGUGCCUAUUCUUAUCUAAAAUAACCGGUGAAACCUCGCUGAAUGAAUUUUUCAGAGUGUCUAAUACGCCCUUACUCAAGCAAAUAAUAGAACGUACAGAUAAUUCAAAAAAUACUAACAGUUUAAUUUUUAGUAUUAAUAAAGAGCUACGCGAAGUUACUAAAAAUGCACCUUCCAACGGCGUAAUGGCUUCAUUGUUGAACGUUAAAAAACAUGCCUAUGAAGAUGAGUAUCUGAAUAAUAUACAACGUGGUUAUCAUCCUAAUGUGUCUGCUCCUCCGGUCACCAUUGAAGUUCUUGGUUCUAGUCAUAUUACUAAUAGCAUAAAUAACGAACUAUUUGACCCGUUAGUAAGUCAGGCAUUAUCCGAUAUUCCAGCGCUAACGCAAUAUAACAUGCACGUCAAGAAAAGAAUACCUGUUGAAGAUUUCCCAAAGACGGGUUUACUCCCUGAGCCAUUAAAUAAGAAUUUCUCAUCCAACAUUUCUAUGCCAUCUAUGGAUAGGUUCAUUACCGAAUCAGCAAAGUUAAGAAAGUUGGAUGAAUUGUUGGUAAAAUUGAAGUCAGAGGGUCACAGGGUCCUAAUAUAUUUCCAAAUGACCAAAAUGAUGGAUUUAAUGGAAGAAUACUUGACCUACAGACAGUAUAAUCAUAUUAGACUUGAUGGUUCUUCAAAGUUGGAGGACCGUCGAGAUUUAGUUCAUGAUUGGCAGACCAAUCCAGAAAUCUUUGUUUUUCUCCUAAGUACAAGAGCAGGUGGUCUAGGUAUCAAUUUGACCGCCGCUGAUACUGUCAUAUUCUAUGAUUCCGAUUGGAACCCUACUAUUGAUUCACAGGCUAUGGAUAGAGCACAUAGAUUGGGCCAAACAAGGCAAGUCACAGUGUACAGACUGCUUGUUCGUGGUACCAUCGAAGAAAGGAUGAGGGAUAGAGCAAAGCAAAAGGAGCAAGUUCAACAAGUUGUCAUGGAAGGUAAGACACAGGAAAAGAACAUUAAAACCAUUGAAGUGGGUGAAAAUGAUUCCGAAGUCACUCGCGAAGGUAGCAAAAGCAUAAGUCAAGAUGGAGUUAAAGAAACGGCAAGUGCAUUGGCAUAA